AUGACCAGCUUGGAACCUAGCAAGGCACCUAGUAGGGCCCGUAGCAGGGCACCUAGCAGGGUACCUAGCAGGACGUCUCGCAAGGAAGGGAGCAAGGAAGCGAGCAAGGAGCGUCGCAACGAAGCGUCCAAGACAUCUGACAGGGUAGCGGCCUCGAGCAAAAAGGCGUCCAUUCAACCGGACGAAUCGGAUGCUGCCGCCUUUUCGUCGGGAGUGGUAAGCAGCCCGAGCGGCUCCAGCAGCCUCCCCGUCCAGGAGAGCGUCUACGCAGUCAUAGAGCACGGUCAGUACCAGCGGCGGGUUCUCCUGUGCGGUGUUCUGGGCGUGACGGCGAUUAUAAUGGAGGUCCUCGCGUACCGCGUCAUCGCCCGGCCCGUGGACCACUGGUGCCGGCCCCCCGUAGACUUGGCCUAUCUCUCCGACGACGCCUGGAAGAACCGGUCGAUCCCGGUCGAUCCUGACGGCAACUUCAGCCGGUGCACCGUUUACAGCACGGACGAACAGGGAACGAGCCCCGAGAACCGGACCGUAAAAGCGUGCCACAGAUGGGACUACAACAUCGAUGACCAGCGCGACAGCAUCGUGAGUCGAUUCGAGCUGGUGUGCGGCCGCGCGGCGCUCUACGAGCUGUCGGCCCGGCUGCCGUCGUUGGCCUACGCGCUGCUGUCGCCCGCGGCGGGCUUCGCGGCCGACCGGUUGGGCCGCAAGCCAGUCACGUGGGUGUGCGGCUCCAUCGUGCUCAUCUCGGCUGUGGGCAGCAGCGUGGCCGUCAACUACGCCUUCUUCCUCACCAACCGCAUCGUGCUGCUGGCUUCCGGCAGCUCCACGUACCUGCUCACCUUCAUGCUCAUCUACGAGGCGACGGGCAACGCGCGGCGCUGGCCGUACACGCUGCUCCACUCGGCGGUCGCCCUGACCCUGGUGCCACCUUUCCUGCACGGCCUCUCGCUGCUCGAGCCGAGCUGGGCGCUCGCGCACGCCAUCUUCAUCGUGCCCUUGGCCGCCUUCACGGUGUGGUGCUUCCUGCUGGACGAGUCGCCCGUGUGGCUCCUCGCUACCUGGAGGGUGCAGGAGGCCGAGGCCUGCCUCCUGGCUGCGGCCAAGCUAAACGGCGUGGACGAUGACAAGGCCAAGGACGGCCUCCGAGCGCUGCACGGCCAGCUGACGAGGCUCAGGCGCUCCCACGAUCCUGCGCCGGCGCUCCCGUUGUCCGGCGGCAUCCUCGAGGUCGCCAAGAUGCGUCGUCGCGCCGCGGCCACCUUCUUCUCGAGGUUCACGAUGAGUGGCAUCUUCUUCGGCCUCAUGUUCACCGACCGCGUGUCCGGUCUCUACUGGCAGGCGGUGCAUGUGGUCUUCUCCGCCAUCUGCUACUCGCUCAUCAUCUGGGCCAUGAACAGGCUGGGCCUGCGCGAUACGCUCUCCGCCCUGCUCGCUGCCACCUCCGUCACGGCCGUGGCCAAGGCGUUCGUCGAGUACGGCAACUACGACGACGUGGUUGCCUACCUGCACGCGGCGCUGAAGAUCCUCGCGUCUGGCUCCAUGAGCGUGGUGUUGUGCUACGCGGGUGAGAUCUUCCCCACCGCCAUCCGAGGCACCGGCGUGAGCCUGUCCGUGUUGGCCGGCGGCAUGGGGUCCCUGCUGGGGGUGCUUCUCAUCAGGGUUCGUACGGUGAGGCCGGGAUUCGUGUUCGACGUCUUCUACACCGGUAUGACCCUGCUCAGCAUCAUGGCCGUCCAGUGGCUCCCCGAGCUGUUCAUCGAGAAGGUGGAGGAGACGCGGUCCGCCGACGCCAUGAGCCCGGAGGAACGCAAGUUGGCGCUCAAGGCCUCGCUGUCGCCCAGGGCGGGGAGCAAAGAGCGAAAGCAGCGUGAUGCCAAGGCAAAGGCUGGUGGCAGGUCGAUUUCUUAGUUUUCCCACGUACACAAGUGCUUUACCGUGCAGUGAAAAGGAUAACUCUUCUAUGCGUGCUCUGGAGAAAGACGAUUUGACAGACUGUGUUCGAUAUGUUUUUACCAACGUCAAUGUAUUUGUUUUCCACUAUUUUUAUUUUUACUGAUUUUGAGACUUCCCUACAAAUAUAUUGCAUUCGCUAAGAAAUGUUAUAAAGCGAUCAUGAGAUGGAAGAAAUCCAUGUAA